AUGAAAUAGUUGGUACGGAGUGUUUUGUGACAUUCGUUGCUUCUUGUGCUGGUGCUUUUCAAUACUCCCGAAGGGGCCGAAAUAACUCAUUGUGUGUAGUGUCCACCAUUCUCAGAAAGAGGCUAUUUUGGCACUCUUCAAGGGGUUGCUCGCGACGUUCCGAUGUGUGCAAGUUCGUGGCCGCUGGCCUGAAACCAAUGGAAUCAUUGGACGACAUUGGACCAUAUCCAGCGCUGCAAAAAACAGCACGCUAAAAGUGGAUACGCACUGUACUGCAGUCCGGAAUUCUACCCAUCAAUGCAUCAUGGGCCUUGAUCGUGAAGCAGACUGCGAAUCACGCUCAUCUCAUUCGACGAACAAACCUCGCCGCCGUUCAAGAAGACCACGGAGUCGAACUGCGUCCGGCUCGUGGAGCAGCAGCAUUAUUCUAGGCCUGUGUAGUUUAUGCAUAUGCGUAGAUGUACAAAGAAACAUUGGAAGUGAUGCGGCCCUGGGACCAUGCACGAAGAGUAUGAUCGAGGCAGUGAAUACGGAAUGCGAGGGGCAGCUGAGCAAGCGGAGAGUGUUCUUCUUCAAUAGCAGCUGUAAUGCAUCGUCACCAGCCAGUGUGAAAUUGCCAGCGCCUGAAGUGUUACCGUGCCAGUGUGAGACUGGAUAUGGGAUCGCCGACGAUACGCUGAAGUGUGAAAGAUGCGGACCGGGAAAAUACGGCCCCGGUGGAAAGGUCUUGGACUCGAGUACGUGGGGAAUGUGGAACCGGUGUCCGUCUGGUCUCUACCUGAAGGAGGACUCUACGGAGAUGUCCACGUUCUGCGAGAGCGGAAACCUCUCCGUGGUCACGAAUAUCUACGAGGGGUCUGCAUGUCAGCCAUGGCGUCCCGGACCGCCAGAUGGGAAGAGUUCCCCGACCACGGGGCCAGUCGUUGUACCCUCGACCUGCAGGAAGAGUGACCAGAGCUAUAUAGGCAGCCAUUCCUAUCUCUUGUCCGGUGUGCAGCCUCGUAACACGCGGGUGCUGUCCGUUCUGCACACAGUGGUGGAGAUUGUGCGCGUGCCAGCCAGCAUUGACUUCACGUACUUUGUGGACGCGACACCCUGCUUUGACACCACGUCGGGGCACUGUGACGGCCUUUCCUUCUACAUUGACAACGACGAAACAAUGACCACGCAGUCACAGCAGCUCACCUGGCAGAAGAUGAGCUUCUCCAUCUUGGAAGCUGGCUUCCAUAGUUUGCGAUGGCAAAUGAGAAUAUCAGACGUGGACGACUCGAAGGCGACAUCUGCGUCCAAUCAGGCUGCGCUGCGCAGCAUCGUCUUGGUGGGAGUGGAGGGGAACUCCAGCUGUGCUCCAUGUCCAUCAGGGACGUACUCGCCCACUUCCAACUCUUCAUCGUGCACCAUGUGUCCAGAGUUUCAUUAUCAGGAUUCCAGCGGCAAGGCUGAGUGCAAGCCGUGCCCCAACGAUACAUACAGCUUAAAGGGUGGAUCACAAUGCUACCCGAAGCGACGCUGCACUGAAAACGAUCUGAUCAAGAACCUUGCCGAUAUCUCCACUUGCUACCAUGACGUUGUGAACAACAAGUAUGUUCGUAAUGAGACUAUCAGCUGGUUACAUCAUUACGGAUACUCUCAGCCACUUUGCGACAAGACUGCACUGAGCCCGGAACAAACACGGAACCGUCUGGUGCGUUGCCAAUGCCAGCCAGGGCAGCAGUUCAUUAACCUGAAGACGCAGAGGCCUUUCUGCCAGAACUGUCCCAAAGCAUGGUAUUCGCAGGACGGAGUGUCGUGUCAGUCCUGCCACCGCGGACGAGUCACGACGGGUGAGCUCACGAUCACGUCAUGGUCGACGCUACCGGACGGCUUCACCUCCAGCUGCUUCAGCUGCGAAGGCCAGCAAUGGCUGCCGAACGGUGACUCCUUGCGAACCGGCUAUAGCACAACAUCCUAUGACUUGCAGUUGGUGUGGGAUGGCAUCACAAUCGUGAGGGAGGGCGGUGGAUACCUGGAAUUUGAAUGCUCGGUGGACUGUUCACUUGACAGAGGUGCCGGUGCACAAUCAGGCCGAGCACUUCCCCUCGACCCUGCAGCACCGGGAGGCGUCUCCUUCUCCAGUCAUUGCCAUUUGGAAUUCUGGCUAGACGACAAGGCAGGCGUGCAUGAGCCAAUUGCCUGUGCACCACCUGAGCUGAGGAACGGCACAAUUGUGAGGCACUUGAUCGGACUACCAGCUGGCGAGUACCGGUUCAUUUGGUUCUAUCACCAGCUGGAUGUUCACUUUGCACAGUCGAUAGGCAUGGAGGCACGCCUGCACAAGCUGAGGCUGGUGGGUCUGAACAGCACGCUGGGCGGUGCUUCAAGCUGCUUGACCUGUCCCGCGGGCACACGUCAGAACGAUGACCAGACAGAGUGCCUCACAUGUCCACCGGGAACUUUCAGCGAGAAGGGGCAAGACACCUGUACGCCGUGUCCGCCGGGAAAAAUUGCUACCGGAAACAUGUCCUCCAGCUGUGAGGACUGCCCGGCUGGUACAUACUCCCAGACACACACGCACUGUGGACCAUGCUGGCCGGGCACGUUUGCACCGGGUGGCACGGACCAAUGCGAGACGUGCAGCGAGGGAACGUUUGCUGACAAGUGGGGCAUGCCCAGAUGCACGCAGUGCGGAAAGGGAACGACAAACGCCAGGAACUUCACGACUUGCGAUAACAAGCACUGCCGGGUGGCACCGUCCUUCAACAUGACGGCGAUGCUGAGCGUAAACGGCACACACAAUGCCAGUGCUGCCAACUAUACCUACGACUUCUCGCCGCUGGGAGAGGCCGGUGGUGGCAUGCUUCUGGCCAACAAGAACGGCUCUGACGGCAUCUGCUUCUACAUGAACCUGUGUACGGUGGAGCAUGACAACUCACACUGUGUGGACAACAACGGGCAGCCUAUCAACAGCAUGGUAUGUGCAGAGCAGUGCUGCUCGCCCAGCAGCCACAGCAGCAGCAGCAGCAGCAGCAGUACCAACUGCACAGCCACCGCCGGAAAGAGCUACGGAUACAUCAUCGGCUGGCAGUUCCACACCGUGGAGAACAUCACCAUAUCCGUUACCAACGGCGACCUGUGCAACGAUAACAUUCGCAAACGCUCCGCCGACAUUCAUCUCAGCUGCACUCUGAAAACGGGUAGCAAUACGUCUGUGCCUCAAUUUGAUGAGGCAAGCUCGGAUGAGUGCCAUGCCGUGUUUCAUUGGCAAACACAGUAUGCGUGUCCGGUCUGUACGGAGAACUGCUUUCUGGAGUCGAACGGAACCUGCCAAGCUAAUGGCAUGCGUGAAGAAACCCGGAGAAACGUGCAGCAGUGCUGGGGAAAUCCCUCCCUGAAAGCCUUCAGUCGGAAGGUGAAGUGCAUCACGAUAUACGUGGUGAUCGGAGCGGUGGUUGCAUUCUGCCUCUUCGUCUUCGUUGCUUUCUACAUGGUGAGGUCGCAGCACAUGCGCACGCAGGCCGAUCGCAUUAUUCACUCUCGUCGUAUGCAGGACAAGCUGGCCCUGAUGAGUGAAGGUGAUAUUGACGACGACCUAAUUGACACGGAUUACGAGAAUGGUGAGGGCAGUGACAGAAAUGAAGAUAUCGAGACCGAUGAUGAAAUGAUUGAAUGAAUGACUGAGUUAUGCACAAAACUAGAUAGGCAGAAUGACUUUAAAAAAUUAAGAGAAGUACAAGUAUAUUAUACUGAGACUCAUUUUUCAACAUCACUACAAUUAUUUAAUUAUAUUUUCUGAAAUAGCACGUCUUGAUACCAUCGGGGUAUUUGAAUUGAUCUUCUUUGCGGACUGCUAGGUUUCUGGUGUCUGGUCCACAUUACGUGGACAAUGCACACACACACGACUUUAGCGAUAAAAGAGAUUCGGUUGUUAGAAAUCCUUGAAUCAUUCAUUUGGUCAGCUUGGUUAUUUAAAAUGUAAUAGAAGCACACAUUAAUUAUACUGAAGCAGAUAGGCAUUGGGAAAGUUAUCAAGUAUAUGUAUCCGCAAUCGGAAUCAAUCAAGUAUUCUGAAGCACAAUUAUUUUUAAAUAAUAGUCCUUUUAACACAUAAGUUACACUUGAA